AUGUCGACUCUGAUAGCUAAUAUGGUAGCAAAGGACAUGCUUCCUUUAAGUUUUGUUGAAGGAGAGGGUUUUUGGGAGUUAAUUAAAUAUGUCGAGCCCAAAUAUACUGUCCCUGCACGAAAAACAAUUACAACUCGGCUUGAAAAAAUGCACGUAGAUUCGGCUAGUUCUGUCCGCAACACCUUGGCAAAAGUUGAGACGGCUGCACUUACAACUGACGCAUGGACAGCACUAACUACCGAGUCCUACGUUACCAUAACUUGUCAUUUCAUAAAAGACGGGAAAAUGAAAAGCGUGGUUCUACAGACCCGUGCCAUGCCAGAGAGGCAUACAGCAGAGAAUCUCGCAAAUGUGUUGAACACUGCGGUAGACCACUGGGAUUUGCGGGGCAAAAUCACUGCUUGUGUUCAUGAUAACGCAAGCAAUAUCGUCUUAGCAAACUCUGCAUUAGAAUGGGAGUCAAAUCCGUGCUUUGCACACACUCUGCAGCUCGCUGUCAACAAUGGCAUUAAACUUGGUGUUAUACAGCAUGUAGUGGGUGCAGCCAGUCGUCUUGUAUCACAUUUUCAUCACAGCACAACAGCUACUCAGGCGCUUAAGAUGAAACAAAAACAACAAUCUCUGCCAGAGCACUGCCUCGUGCAGUACUGCCGUACCCGAUGGAAUUCCAUCUAUGACAUGUUUAAGCGCUUACUGGAACUGAGAUGGGCAGUUGUCGCAGUCCUGUCUGACAGGGUGUACACAAUGUUGACAGAUACCCGCACACUUGACCUGGCUGACGACAGUUGGGUAGCUAUCGAAGAGCUACCCCCAGUGUUAAGCUCCUUGAAAUGUGCUACAACUGCUUUGUGCAGAGAGUCUGAGGUAUCAAUAUCUAUGAUUUACCCUGUCACAGCGACUCUCCUGUCCAAGCAUCUCAUUAGUACCACAGGAGAGUCAACAAAAGUAUCACAGUUUAAAACAACUGUAUUGGAGUCCCUCAAGCGCCGCUUUUCACCUACAGGCACAGAAGAAUUACAUAAUGUGGCGAUCAUCGCUUCAUUUCUAGACCCCAGGCACAAACACCUUAAGUUUACAGAAGACACGGUCAAGAAAGCAGUCACAGACAAAGUAGCGGAAUUGCUUUAUCUUACGGAAAACGGUGGUGAUGUCACAGAAGGUGAGCCAAGUACAGUGGUAAGCGGACCACCUGAAAAGCAACGUCGCACUGUUACUGCUAUGGCAACAUUAUUCGGAGAUGACUACUACACAGAGGACGAAAUGUCUCUACAAACCGAGCUGGACAAAUACAUGCAAGAUGAGUGCAUUCCUCCAUUUGAAGACCCUCUGGCAUGGUGGAAGGCAAAUGAAUGCAAAUACAGGAAAUUAUCACGGCUAGCGAAAGCAUACCUGUGCAUCUCAGCAACAUCUGUACCGGCUGAACGGGUUUUCUCAGCUGCGGGCCUGAUAGUCAACAGACUACGUAAUUCUCUACUCCCGGAGCAUGUGGACAUGCUCAUUUUUCUUAACAAGAACAAUACAUAUAAUAAAAAUAAUAUGGGCAUUGCCAAAUAA